CCCGGGCCGAUGCUGCUGCCGGCCUGGGAAUUAUGGCUCUACGGGCUCCUCACCGUGGGCUCCCACCUCUACGCGUUCUACGAAGCGCACCAAGUGUCCCGAAAGUAUGAAGCUGUGAUGGACAGAAUGUUUGGGCUGGACCCAGGAACUCUCUUUUGGGGCCUCAAAAAGGACCCCAUGGACUUUGAGUGGAGCUACUGGAUCGAAUGGGGAAGGGAACGUAUACUGUGGCUUCUGGUUGGUCACCUGCUGGUAUCACAAGUGUCCAGGCUCCUGGUGGAGAAGUAUAAACCAUGGUGCUUGAUGGUUUAUGGAAUGGCUGCCUGCUGGUUGUUACUGGGAAUCAAGGGGUUUGCUGUCAUUUUGUUACAUGCAGCUGUUUCGUUUGCUGUGGCUCAGUUUCAGCUGUCACUCCUGACGUGGUUGUGCUCCCUUAUCCUGCUGUCCACUUUACGCAUACCAACUGUGGAAGAAACCAAGAGGAAGUGGUACGACACUGAAAAUGAGUAUUAUCUGCUGCUCUUCACUGUGUCAGUCCGCUGCCUCUUCUGCACUAGCUUCAGUCUGGAGUACUGCUGGCAUGGACCUACCCAGAAGUCAUCCCACUCAUUCCCAUGGAUGCUGGCAUAUGUGUUUUAUUAUCCCACAUUCCACAAUGGACCCCUUAUGAAUUUUGAUGAAUUCAGUAAGCAGAUGAGGAGACAAGAAGCUUUCAGUGUGAAGAGCAAUCUCAGCAUCUUAAUCGUGGGCAUAAUCCGUAUUUUCUUUUGGUGGUGCCUGGCUGAGCUGAUGAUUCAUCUCAUGUAUAUCCAUGCUCUCUACAGUAGUGCUCUGCCUUUGGAGUCUGCAUCCUACUGGGCCUUGGGUGGCCUGGCUCUAGCUCAAGUGCUGUUUUUUUACGUGAAAUACCUGGUUCUGUAUGGUGUUCCUGCCCUCCUCCUUCAAAUGGAUGGACUCAAACCUCCAACUCUGCCUCGCUGUGUGAGCCUGAUGCACAGUUUCACUAAAAUGUGGAGAAGUUUUGAUGUUGGUUUACAUCGCUUUCUGGUCAGGUACAUUUAUGUUCCAAUGGGAGGAUCUCAGUCCAGUUUGCUUGGAAUGCUAUUUUCUACAGCCCUCACUUUUGCCUUUGUAAGCUAUUGGCACGGAGGACAGAGUUAUUUGUGGUACUGGGGCACACUUAAUUGGUUUGGAGUAAUUGUGGAAAAUGGCAUCAAGAGGAUACUUUCUAUUUCACUUAUUCAAGAUUUAAUUGAACGUUUCUUCUCGCCAAGAAUUCGUCGUCGACUUCAUGCUGUCCUAGCAUCUGUUAGCACUUCAAUGUUGAUUUUAUCAAAUCUAAUAUUUCUUGGAGGAAAUCAAGUUGGAAAAAUCUACUGGAACAGGAUCUUUAUGGAAGGUUGGCCAUGGGCGACACUGACUGUUCUCGGGUUCCUGUACUGCUAUUCUCAUGUUGGAAUUGAAUGGGAGCAAAAGUAUGCUGCUACUUAGGAAUGAUACAAACAAUUAUUUUUAAGGCAGGUUUAUGAUUUUUCUACACUGCAUAUCCUAUCUACAGACGGGUGUGCCAGACCAAGAAUUCAGUCAUUGUGUUAAAAAAAAUGAAGCUCAUU